GUAACACUGAAGUAGACUGCUUACAAUCCGCACCAACGAAGAAGAAAACCGACGAAGAAGAAAGAUGUCAUGUAAAGUCUGCUCAUGGGUCCCUAAAUGAUGGACUGCAGUCUGAAGCCAGACCCAAAUGAGGUUCUGUCUGGACCCAGAUUACCUGUGGUUGCUGAAGGCUGGCCCAUGGUUUCCCUCUGCUCCCUGCUCUCAACCUCCGCAGAGUAAAGUCAACUGACAGAAAGAUUGUGCCUUCACAAACUAACACUUUCCAUGUGAAGUAGAUCACCAUGGGUCAGCACAGCAGUGGUGUUUUCUCCCACAACGCCCCGGGACUCGCGCUGUGCCUCGCUGCUUUGCUUCUGUGUGCUGCAGUGAUUUAUCUGAGUCAGGACAAGCAGCAGCGACACACCCAUGCAGGCUGUCUCCCUCAACAUUUUAAACUGACUACCAUGAGGAACUGUACUCCCUGGCUCCAGUGUUCACAGAUACGUGCAGAAGUGCACAAGCUAAAGGUGAUUGGCCAGGGAGCCGUUAAGAAGGUUUAUCUUGCAGAGUGGACAGGUCACAAGGUGGCUCUGUCUAAGCUGGCCUCUCUGGAUUACCUGGAAGACUUUCUUCAUGGAUUGUCAAUGCUGCAGGCCUUGCAGGGCUCACUAGUUGUGCAGUUGGUGGGGUUUUGCCUCGAAGACUAUUCUAUUGUUACCCAGCACCACCCACAUGGCUCACUGCUCAACUUAGAACAUGUUUUCAGACAACAGCAGUACCAGCAGUACAACACGUGGUCCUUACGACUGAGACUAGCCACAGAUUAUGUCACCAUCCUUCAUUACCUUCACAACAGCCCAGCUGGGCGGCGAGUAAUGUGUGACUCAAACAGCCUGGAGAAAACGCUCUCACAGUUCCUGCUAACGAAUGACUUCCAUGUGGUGGUGAACGACCUGGACGCGCUGCCCGAAGUCAACUGGUCCAAAGGUUUACUGGUAAAAUGUGGCCAUCGAGAGCUCACUGGGGACUUUGUUGCCCCAGAGCAGCUUUGGCCUGUCAGAAAUGAUGGGACGCUAUUUUCAGAUGAUUCCAUGCCUGCAUAUGAUGAAAAGACCGAUAUCUGGAAAAUUCCAGAUGUGACACAGUUCAUAUUGGGAAGGGCACCCGAAGGAGAAUUGGUUCGCUUUCACCUUUUUCAGAUUCACAACGAUUGCAAGAAGGAAGACCCUAAACUCCGUCCUUCAGCUCUUGAUGUGUUGAAAGUGUACAGAUCAGUUUACAGGGCCAUGGUGCAAGACGCUUCUGGUGUUCGGGAGAUGCUUUAGAGCAGGGUUAUACAAACCUUUCAGUAGGAGGGCCAGAUUCAUCAAGGUAGAAGUUCUCAUGGGCCACAAACAUGAUUAUUUUUAGGGCUGUCAGUUGGCCGAAGGUUUUAAUAGUUGUUAAUCACAUGAGUUUCAUAGUUAACUUGUAACUUUGUGCACUGGUCACGGUGGAGCCUGGAGAUGCGUGCACGGUCUGGUUGACAGUAACGCCUGUUUUACUCACAGAGCAGACAUGCCUUCUUUUACACUUAAGAGUUUAAAACUUUCUCCCUCCUUUCAUGUUGACAUGCUCUAAGUAAGAUGUAAUAUUUGUCUGCAUGAAUUAAUGAAUGUGUUAAUGCAAUAACAUGUUAACUUUGACAGCCCUAAUUUUUGUCAUGAAAAAAUGCAAACUAAAGUUUAUUGUGAUUUUUUUUUAUUUGCACUGCUCAAAUUUUAACAUCAUUUUGAUAAAAAAAAACAUGUUAAAAUUGUUACUCUACUUCAGCAGCCUGCUGAGGAGACAAAAUUGCACUAUUGUAGAAGAAGUGGAGGGCCGCAUAUUCCAACAAGCCUUCUGUAGAGGGUAACACUGUCCAGAACCACUGACUUUUCUCUCUGUAAACAAAUAAAACAUCUUUUGAAAGGA